AUGUUUCUAGACGCAACACCUAGCUUGGAAACCAUUCACCUUAAGUUAUUGAUCAUGCACUCCGAUCAUUACUACCGUUUUACUCAACCUUCUGGUUUUCAGAGAUCAGAAAAUUGUACUGACAAAAUUUUUAAGUCAGUUGUACUUGAAAACUUGUAUGUUUCAACUCCACCAUUUGUUAAUGGAGCUACUACUGUUGAUUAUGAUGCUCCAUAUAAUCAAUCCACUCAAUCAUCAGCAACUACCGUUGACGAAUCAUCUUUUGGUACCACUAAACCUUCAAAGCGUUUAAGAAUGAAGACUUGGUUCAGAAACUUUACACACAGAAACUCCCAACCAUAUCUCCCAAUUCCAAAUGAUCUGACUGCUGAUUUUGGUUACAACGUUCAAUUAGAAUUUGGUGAUGACCCUUCUGUUAAAAUCCCAUGUGGUUCAAACACAAUUGAAACUGAUUUCCAAGCUAACACUCCAAACACAAAUACUUCUGGCUCUAAAAACUUUAAAACUACUCCUACUACUACUACCUUCACUUCUAUCCCCUCAAAGACAACAUCCAAGCGUGCCAAAAUAAGCAACUGGUUUAAAAAGUGGUUUCAACCACAAAAACACAAUCCCAAAGAUGAACCAGAUAUUUUAGAAACAACUGAAGAAACCAAACCUAACUUUUUUGAUACAAAUUAUUAUCACUAUUGUUCAACUUAUUAUCAACACGGUUCAACUUAUUACGACCAUGGAAUUCCAAUUAGAAAAGGCGUUUAUCCAAAUACUUACACAAUUGACUUAACAAACCUUCCCAUGGUUUGUGACGUUCCUACCUCCUCCAGUACUUUCUUUGAAAAAAUUUUUUGCCGCCACAAUAAUGAUGUUACGGAAUGUAUUCCCUCUGUUGGCAACUCCAAAGUUAAUGAUUUCCUCACUCAAGUUGAACCAGAAUUGAAUGCGUUAGAUGCUAAAUCUGAUCACAAGAAUGUUGCUGCUGAACUAAACAGUUCCAACAUGUCUUUCAUUCAUUCUGCGAAACUGAAAAGAUCGAAACCGAAAACUGAAAAGUAGCCAUCAAUUGACAAGAAUAAGCUAGUUGUUUAUACUCCUCUCGACAAACAACGUAUUGAACCACAUAUGAAAUAUAUUUACACAAUUGAAAUUUGUGAAUAUCCACCUGAUAU